AUGUACAUCCGAAACAACCUCGUCGUCUUGGCCCUCUGCCUCUCCGUCCUCGCGUCUCCGGCUUCGAAGAGCGGCUCGCACAAGGGCUCUUCCAAGGGCGGCAAGCACAGCGGUUCCGGCGGGGCGCACAGCACGCACCCCGCGCACGCGCCCAAGAGCACCUCGACGCCGGGCUACGGGGCCGGCUCCGGGUCUGCCGCAGGAAACGGGACGACUUCCGGCGGUGGCGGCGGCGCCAACACGGAACUGCAGACGACAUUCCCGACGCCCAAGGGCGCGCAGAACCUCGCGGCCGUCAAGACCAUCGCGGCGGGCCAGUCGUUCGACGGCGGCAUGCAGCUCUGGGACCGCAGCCCGAGCACGUGCAAGGGCCAGAGCGAGGGCGGCAACAAGGACGCCGUCUUCAUCCUCGAGGAGGGGUCGACCCUCAGCAACGUCGUCAUCGGGCCGAACAAUGGCGAGGGGAUCCAUUGCUUGGGGAGCUGUACGCUCAACAACGUCUGGUUCCAAAAGGUGUGCGAGGACGCCGUCACCUUCAAGCAGCAGUCGGGCACCUCCUUCGUCAACGGCGGGGGCGCGCAGGACGCCGCGGACAAGGUGCUGCAGCACAACGGCAGCGGCACGGUGGCGGUGCGCAACUACUUCUGCAAGAACUGCAGCAAGCUGUACCGCAGCUGCGGCAACUGCAAGACGCAGACGGCGCGGCACGCGACGUUUGACAACAUCCGGCUCGACGGCGGCAAGGUGCUCGCGGGCGUCAACGGCAACCUGGGCGACGUGGCCGAGGUCAGGGACUCGUGCGUGCUCGGGGCCGACGUGUGCGACAACUUUGAGGGCAACAGCAGCGGCGCCGAGCCGAAGCUGGUGAGCAAGGGGCCCGACGGCAAGGUCUGCGUCGCCACGAAUGUGAAGACGACCGGGUGUUAG